AGGAGACGAAGAAGACGAAGGAGACGAAGAAGACGAAGGAGACGACUCCGCCCCCCAUCGGAAGCGCGGUAAAGCUGUUUGUCCGGUGGCAGCAGGACGGUGAUGGUGUGAUGGAGGUGGACAUCCUUGAGUUCGUGGUUCCUGUGGAGAACAGUAAGACUCUGUUUGUGUGGGACAUCCAGCCUUCUCUCACUGAGGCUGAAAUUUAUGACAGGUUGUUUGGCGUCUUCUCGUCCUUCGGUCCUCUCUACCUGUUGAAGGUGAGUCCUAACGCUCUGCUGCACCCCCCUGGUUUCUCCGCCCUCGUCAAAUUCUACUCUGAUGCUCAGGCCUCAAAGGCUCAACGACACACUGACGGCCGCCUGCUGUUCCAGAGCUCUCCACUCAAGGUGAAGCUGAGCUCCAAACAGACUCCUCACUUCAUGUCUAACAGCAGCAGGCCUCUGAGCCACGCCCGCUGCCUUGAGCUGGCCAAUCACUGCCUGGGAUUUAACGGCUGGACCUCUGACAUCGUCACACUGAAGGAGCUCACCGACGAAGACGGCGGUGAUGAGGAGGGCGAGGAGGGGGGAGUGAAGCGGAGGAGGCUGAGGUUUGGCUGUCUGCUGCAGCUCUCCUUCCCCCGUCACAGACAGACCACCAAAGGAGCAGCUGUGGUGGAGGACAGCUUCACCUGCACAGGUCCAGAUGUUUUGCUACAGAAACGCUGUAAACUACAGAAGUUGGUCAGAGAGAAAGCUCUGGUUCAGGCCUUCGCUACAGUAUUGCUCAUACUACUAGGAAACGGUAAGGUGAUGGUGGAGGUGAAACAGACUUCAGAUCAGUUUCUACCUGAGCAGAUCGAAGGAGUCCUCCAGGUGAAUGAGUUUGAUCUGGAUGAAGCGGAGGUUGAAGAUGAAGAGUGGGAUCUGACUGUAUCAUAGACUUCCAGAGGAUUGUGGGUAGGACUGUGGUUUUGAACAGUGGUGCAUGAUGGGACUCAUUAGCGAGACUGAUCUGAGUUCGGCUGGAGGUUUAAACUGUAUCACAGCUUCACAUUAAUGUUUAAUUUAUUCAAUAAAUCAGUUUUAUCACAGUUAAUAUCAGUUUUCUUAAAGAAGGUGAAAGUCUGUUCUGGUUGGUUCACGUUACUCAAAUCUCUAUCGAGAUAAAAACACGAGACUCGGUGAUGCUGAAGCUUUUUAUUGCAGAGAAAGAUCCAGAAAAACGAGCCAUCAGAA